GGGAAGAGGCUUCUCUCUCUUUUCUGUUCCCCGCUUGCUUCCAUUCAAACCAAGGUACCGAACUCCUUUAGAGCGCUUAACCGUCUUCAUUUAGUGCAGAAAACAACGUUCAGAAGCUGUCAUAAUGCACCAUUCUGCUCUUCUUCUGUGAAUCCUAAGCAUCGUCAUAUUGUAUAUCGACAUAUUUGUCUCUGUAUACGUACAUGAGGUGCUUGAAAGAUGGUCUUAUAUACCACGUCCACGCCAUAAAAGCUGGUAUAAAACCAGCUAUCUUCACCCUGAAUCAACUUGUUCACCUUUACUCCAAACAUGGUCUUUUGCCUGAAGCUCGAAAACUGUUCGAUGAAAUGACUGAGAGGAAUGUUUUCUCCUGGAAUGCUAUAAUCUCCGCCCACAUAAGAUCCCGGGACUUGGCACAAGCGCGUGCAUUAUUCGAUGCUGCUUCUCAAAGAGAUUUAGUUACCUACAACUCAAUGCUGGCCGGUUAUGCCAGCGCUGAUGGUUGCGAGAAUGAUGCAAUUCAGUUUUUCAUGGGAAUGCAAAGAUGCCGUGAAGGAAUUAAAAUUGACGAGUUUACUGUUACCACAAUGCUUAACCUCUGCUCAAGGUUAUUGAUGGUGCGUUAUGGAACACAGUUGCACUGUUUUAUGGAAACAGGUAAUGAUUUAAGUGGGUUCGGGGUGAGUUCUCUAGUGGACUUGUAUUCUAAAUGUGGGUGCUUCAAAGAGGUUACUAGGAUGUUUGAUAAUGUUCGUGAAGGGAUAGUUGAUGCGGUGUCUAAGAAUGCAAUGGUGGCGGUGUGUAGGCAAGGUGACAUGGAAAUGGCUCUGAAGCUAUUCUGUACGGAUCCAGAGUUGAAUGAUACAGUGUCUUGGAACACGAUAAUUUGGGGUUACGUACAGAAUGGUUAUGAGAAGGAAGCAUUAAGGUUGUUUGUUAGUAUGGCAGAUAAAGGAUUUAGAUGGAAUGAGCACACUUUCGCUACUGUUUUAAGUGCUUGUUCUUCUUUGAGAAAUCUGCAGCUUGGAAAAGAAGUGCAUGCUCUGGUUUUGAAGAAUGGUUUAUAUUCAAAUCCGUUUAUAAGCAGUAGCAUUGUCGAUGUUUACUGCAAGUGUGGAAAUAUGAAGUACGCUGAGUCAGUGCACGUUGCAUAUGGGGUUGGGAACUCUUUUUCAAUCACUUCAAUGAUUGUAGGGUAUUCAUCAGAAGUUAAUAUGGUAGAGGCUCGAAGGGUCUUUGAUUCAUUAUCAGAGAAGAAUUCUGUUGUUUGGACAGCAAUGUUUUCAGGUUAUGUCAAAUCCCAGCAAUGUGAUGCUGUGUUUGAACUCUUAGAUGAAUUCAGAACUAAGGAAGCAAUGGUUCCUGAUGCUUCAAUUGUUAUUAGUCUGCUUGGUGCAUGUGUCCUACAAGCUGCAUUGGAUCCUGGAAAGCAGAUUCAUGCUUACAUAUUGAGAUCAGGGGUAGAGCUGGGUAAAAAGUUGAUGAGUGGAGUUGUUGAUAUGUAUUCAAAAUGUGGAAAUAUAGAAUAUGCUGAAAAGGUCUUUGGGGAGGUUACUGAAAGGGAUACUAUCAUUUACAAUGUAAUCAUAGCUGGUUAUGCCCAUCAUGGGCAGGAUGUUGAAGCCAUCCAACUGUUUGAGCAAAUGUUGGACAAAGGAUUUGAGCCUGAUGAGGCUACUUUUGUUGCAAUCCUAUCAGCUUGUCGACACCGUGGUUUAGUAGAAAUAGGAGAAAAAUACUUCAAUUCCAUGUCAGAAGACUAUAACAUUUUGCCUGAGGCUGACCACUAUGCAUGCAUGAUUGAUCUCUAUGGAAGAGCUAAUCAACUAGAAAAGGCAGUUGCAUUCAUGAAAGCUAGUCCUAUGGAAGAGGACGCUGUAAUCUUGGGAGCAUUUCUGAAUGCUUGCAAGCUAAAUAGGAAUGCUGAACUUGCAAAAGAAGCAGAGGAGAAGCUAUUAAGAUUGGAGGGAUAUAAUGGAGCUCGUUAUGUGCAGUUGGCUAAUGUCUAUGCUGCAGAAGGAAACUGGGCAGAGAUGGGCCGUAUAAGGAAGCAGAUGAGAAGGAAGGAUAUCAGGAAGUUUGCUGGUUGUAGCUGGGUGUAUGUUGACAAUGGGGUUCAUGUAUUUACUUCUAAUGAUAGAUCGCACUUGAGAGCGGAGUUUACAUAUUCAAUGCUAGUCUUGCUGAUUGCAGAACUCCAUGAAAAUCCUGUAUAUUCUUUUGCAGAAGAUGAAAGUCAGCGUACAUGAUUCCCAUAUAAUGCUUCAAGACCUGGGGCAUUAGGAAGUUAUGCUGUCAAUGGGGUAUGGAAAUACCUGAUUAAUCUUGCAGGAAGAUUUUCAGAGCUUGACGAGGUCUUUUCUGGCGAACACCUAACAUCUCUUAUCAGAAAGUUUAACGGGUGGAGGAGAGGAUCGAGGAUCUCUGGCUCUUCUUAGAACAGUUGCAUAAUGAUCCAAGUAUGGAUGAGGAAUUGAACUAUCCCGAUACUACGACAGGAAAUAUAGAGGACAUGUGCCUAAAUCUGAUAUCUCUUUGCAUUUUUCAGAUGCUGCUGCAGGAUAAAUUACUGAAAGAAGCAUAAUAAUUCUCAUCAUGAAGGAAAUGAGCCUUUUGGGGAAGCAGUUCAAGAACAUACAGGAUACUAUCAAACUCCUCUGUCCGGGUAAUAUCUCAUAUUUCUACUGCUAAAAUUUAAGGAUGGCUCAAGGAAAGAUCUCCCAACUGGCAAUGCUGUCUCCCAUUUCCAUAUACUGCUCAACCCAGGCAUUUAGCUGAGCUGAGCAGAUAUUAUUCUGGACACACUGACACUCCAACAUAAAAAACGACACCAAAAAUGAAUACCACACAGCACCUGUAUGAAACACGCGCAAAACAUUUGGUGCUGUUUUUGUCAUCUAGUACUGAUUUUUUUCCCCUCUCAAAAAAAUAUAUGGUGCCGUAUUACAUGAUAACUCAGUGAAGAAUCAAGAUUUUGUCAUGUGGUUUAUACUGUUUAUGGUUAAUUAGGUACGUAUUUUGAAAAUUAUGUUUAGUUAAUCUAAAUAAAUGUAAUACAAAUUAGUACAACUGAGUUAAUUACUAACAUGGUCAAACCAAUCAAGCCAUCAAUCAUGAAAAAACGAAGCUAGAAAGUCCAAAUGAUGUAACUUCUAAACUAUAGCUACGCUGCAAUAUGUCAAGGUACCUCUAUAUCCUGAGGCAAGACCCUCGUUUAAUUACUCCAUGUGUUAUAAACUCUUUAAACAAUUUACCUAUCUACAUUUUAGAUGCACACAAAGAGGAUACACAUUUUUACGUAGUCCUGAUAAUUUUUGCUACGUAGUCUUACACAAUUUGAUAUUGAAAUAAUUAUUUAGAGAUUUGAUUAUAACAUGAAUAGAAACUUCUAGCACUAGACGAUCCUUUUUAAGUUAAGAAUGUAACUAUUUUAAAUCAAAGAGAACACAAAAUUUGUUUCCUUAUAGUUUUCCUAGAAGGAUUGUCCACCUACCGCACGGCCAGUUUUGAAGAAGGAUAGGGAUAGAGACAAGUUUUCAUUAGACACCCAAUAGAAGAUAAAUCCUAAAAUUAUCCUUCAAGAUUUGGACAUGUCGAUAGACACACUUGGCUUUUAAUUUAUUGCAGAAAUAUAUAUAUACUAUCUUGACAAAUAUAUGCACUUGUACACUAUGAUUAAUUUUAAAUAGCAGCCUCAAAAUAUUUUGCUUGCUUAUUCAAUCUCCAAUCUCCAAAAUAUAAGCGCUUGUAUUAAUCUCCGUAUUUA